AAUCUUCACACUUUUGAACACAUUAUGAAUCGGUACGAGUUCUACGAGCUAAAAUCAUGGAUGUAUUUACCUGUAAUUUUCAUUGGACUUCUUGGAAACUUUGCAUCAUUUUUAGUUUAUCGAACAGCGCCGAUGAGAAAAUCUACAGUUGGCACUCUUCUUCUUAUUCUCUCACUCAUUGACAUUCUGCUGCUCAUCCUGAUAACUCCCAUUUUUGUUCUUGUUUUUCUGCCACUCUGGCAGGACCAAUGGCAAAAAUAUUCGUUUCAUAUGAGCUUCUUUGCUUACAGUACACGAUAUGUUUAUCCAUUAUGUAUGAUGACAAAAUCAUGUAGUUUAUAUCUAAUGGUACUUAUAACCAUUGAACGAUGGAUUGCUGUAUGUAGACCACUUCAGGCAAAAGUAUUAUGCACAAACAGGAAUACAAUGAAAGCUGGAAUUUUCAUUAUCAUAUUUUCCAUAGUGUUUAAUUUUCCAAGAUUUUUCGAUUAUAAAAUUGGAGACGGGUAUCUAUCUGAAAUGUGGAUGUUGGAUACAGAGAAACACUGGUGGUACUUCAUGUUCUACUUCAUCAUAUUAUCAGUAAUCUUCGAUUACUUCCUUCCGUUCCUUAUCAUGACUAUCGCCAAUUAUCAUGUCAUCAGAGCACUUCAAGAAAGCGACGAGGUUAUCACAGGCUUGGCCGUUCAGAAGCGAAAAGAUCAGAAAACAACUGUAAUGCUGCUAGUGGUAACCAUUUUCUUCGCGUUCUGCCAUCUAUUCUCAAUGUUUCUCAAAGUUGCUGAAAGUAUUUUUGGAGGAUUCCUUACACAAACCAGUUUCUACUGGGAAGUGUUCGCCGAGUUCACAAUCUUUUUGAUAAUCUUCCAUACGUCAAGCACUUUCUUCAUAUACUACGGAUUUUCGGAGAAAUUUCGAACAAUAUUCCAUGACAUCAUCAGAUGUCGCCAAAGGCUGGAUGAUGUAAAAUGCUCGACCUACUUGCCAGUUAACUCAUCUGGAGCUGUUUCUGAAUCAAAAACAAGAAAAGCUCCGGCAAUUGUUUAAUUAGAAAUAGACUCUUAUUUGUUUGAAUACUUGUUUUCUUUUUAUGUUUUAGAUAUCUGGUCCCGGUUUUUGUCAAACAAACAAUUAUGAAACGGGUGAAUGAAUCUGUCAUAUUUCCA